AUGUCAUUGUCGGACGGUUUUCUCACAUUGUUACAAUCAGUGCAGACAAGUUUAUUUCGAAUCGGUGGUCUAAUAUUAUUGGUAUUUGGUGUUGUUAGUUGUAUCAUCAAUCUGAUUGUUUUCACUCAGAAAAAUCAACGUAAAAGUCCAUGUUCCAUCUAUUUGAUAGCAGUGAAUGUUGCUAAUUUCUUAUACAUUGUUUUAGCACUAUUAUUCCUUAUAUUAACAGUUGGCUAUGGCACAGAUCUUACUAUAUAUAAUCUCUUCAUGUGUCGUUUCUACUAUUACAGAUCGUAUUUAUUCGAUAUUCUCAGUCCAUUUUAUCUUAUCUUAGCUUCAAUCGACCGAGUUAUAGUCACAUCAUCAAAUGCUCGAACACGACAAAAAAGUACUCUUCGUUUAGCUUAUAUUUGUAUCGGUUGUGGAACAUUAUUUUGGAUAGUGUUUCAUUGUCAUGCAUUAUUCUUAGUAGAUAUUCAAGAAAUAGCACCGGGUUAUUUUAUGUGUUACGCUCGAGCAGGUCGUUAUACCCUUCUCUUGAGUUAUUAUUCAUUGUUCGUCAAAGCAAUUGCAGUGCCUUUGUUAAUGAUUAUUUUUGGCAUAUGUACUGCAGAAAACAUUCGAAAACUGCAUCAACGACGCAUUGCUCCUCUAACGGCGAAUACUGUAAAUAUAGCACGGCAUUCUGAACAUCCCUUUCAUGCGAAAGAUCGACGAUUUGUUCUAAUGGUAGUUGCGGAUAUUUGUAUUUACAUAGCAUGUAAUGCAAUGCUUACAUCAUUGGAUAAAGAAGUAUCACUUGGUUUUAUGUGUGAAAAAGGCUAUUUAUUAGAAAUUGAUACGAGUGAACCACCAGAUGGAUGUCAACGAUUGGUUGGUGCUGAUGUAUCUUGGAUAUCUAAAUUCCCUGUUGAAUGUGAAUUUCUGAUUGCAAGGAAGCCAACAUUUGAAAUAACGGAGAUAGGAUUUGAUAUUGAACGAAAUUGUCAAUUAGUGAGAGUUCAGAAUGGAAACAAUUUGCAUUCUAAUAGUGAUUAA